AAAAAAAAAAAAGGAAAUUUGCAGAAAGAAAGGAAAACCCAGAAAGAAAAUGGCAAUGGUGACUGUAUCCAAUUUAGUUUCAUUCCAAAAGAAGGAAAGAAAAAGGAAGAGAAAAUCACAGUAAUUACCCCUACAAAGUCGUCGAAAUUACUCCCCCGCCCAAGUCCCUUGGCGUUCGUUCCUUCCCUCCCGGAGAAAGGCAAUCGAACAAUUCCGGAUUAUGGUCUUAAAAAUUUGCAGUGUGGGGAGAGCGUGACAAUUGAAGGCCAAACAUAUAUGAUCUCAGCUGUAACACACCGGUACCAGCUUCGUAAAGGAAAGUACGAACCAAGCGAAAAGCGACUCGAUGUUCUGUCGACAGGGAGAUACAUCUUAAACUUAUAUCUUGAAAGCUUGCUAGAACAGUCUUGAUGCGUAGUUUUCUUACAUUUUAAUGUUUAACUAACGUAGAUGAAUCCUGUGGUUGGAUAAUGCUUGAUUAUCAUCUGUAUGAAAUCAUUAUCUCAUUAUCUUU